CUAAAAAUCUGUCCCCAAUCAUCUCUCUCAUCCCAUUCUAAUGAAUAGUCACCCACCUCCCAUUUCUAGCUUCCUCUCUUCACCCCCUUCAAAAUCUCUUUCUAGUCAUCUGUUUAUGAAUACCCUUCGCCCAAGGUGUUGUUGAUUUUGCAUACAGAUCUCGAUUUUUUUCUGAUUGAAAGAGUUUCGAGAUGAUGAAUCGCUGUGCAUAUCAACAGCAGAACAACAACAACAUCAACAACAACGCCUUGGUGAGAAGUGAAGAGACGAUGAACGGCGUUGUUUGCCCGAAACCUCGUCGAUUGUAUCUCUUGAAUCCUUCAAUGAAAGAGUCCAUUUCUACCUCAUCUCCUCGAUGGCAGCAGCACUAUUCCAUUCAUCAAACGGAGACGCAUGAAUCAAAAUCAAGGAUGGAGCUUCUAGAUAUGAUUUUGACGAAGGAAUGUUAUGGUGGUGCUGAAAAAUCCAACAAUGUGGUAUCAUCAUCACCACCAUUCUUUUGUGGGUCUCCACCUAGCCGGGCGGCAAACCCGGUGGUCCAAGAUGCUCAAUUUGGUAACGAAAACCCAAACCCACCAUCACCCACCAUCGAAGCCUCACCAUCUUCCCGUAAAAGUGGCGGAAGUUGUGCCAGAGGAAAAUUUGGACAAAAAUGCCCUGCGGUCAGGGUCGAAGGAUUCAACUGUCGGGGCAUUUCCGCUGUUGCUUAGAAGAUCGAUAAGCACAAAGUGACUUUUGAUGAGAGAGGGACAUUUAUGUCUAGUUUUUUUUUUUUUUUUUUUUUUUUUUUGUAUAUGUAGAGGUUAAACAACUUGUCAUCAAGUGUGUGAUGGUUUGGGUCUUUUGAGUCGUUAAAAUGUGUAUAUGUGUUUUGAGAGAGGUGAAUAAGCAUGAGAAGGGCAAAAGGGUAAUUUACUUUCUGUUGAUGAUGGGUAGUGUUUAGAAAGAGGGGAGAGAUAAAAGGGUUACAAUUCUUGUCCUUGAUUGUAAUUUUGUCUACAAGGCAAGGAGAAAACCGUCUUUUUCUAAUGGAGCUUUUCGCUUUUGCUUUU